UGGAGCAGCAGCGGCAGCGGCAGCGGCAGCGGGAGCAUCGGCCGCCGCCCGCGGCGCAAGUGGGAGGUGUUCCCGGGCCGCAACCGCUUCUACUGCGGCGGCCGCCUCAUGCUGGCCGGCCACGGCGGCGUCUUCGCACUCACGCUGCUGCUCAUCCUCACCACCACCAUCCUCUUCUUCGUCUUCGACUGUCCCUUCCUGGCCCGCCAGCUGACCCUCGCCAUCCCCAUCAUCGCUGCCAUCCUCUUCUUCUUCGUCAUGAGCUGCCUGCUGCAGACCAGCUUCACCGACCCUGGGAUCCUGCCCCGGGCCACCGUCUGUGAGGCAGCCGCUCUAGAGAAACAAAUCGAUCCUCUCAGCGGCCCGGCUGUGCCGAUGCAGAAACUGAGGCAGGGGGAUCACGUGGCCAGGGAGUGGAGGCGUGGAGACGGACUGUGUGCCUUGAUUCCCAAAUGCCUUGCUUUCUUUUCUGAGAUGGCCACAGGGAUGCAUUCCCCGUCUUCUGUGGCCACACCAUCUUCAUUCUUAUGUCUCGGCCCAGGUAUUCCGUCCUCUGAGCAGCCUUCAUGACCCCAGUUGGGCCAGACCUUCCACGACACCUUCCAAGAGCUCCGUGUCCUUCCUUUCUUGGCCCUGUGCUGCAUGGUGGUGGUUACAGAAUUGUCGGGCAGGCCCGGCAGCCUUU